AUGGUCUAUCGCAGCACCACAGCUCAAGAGGAGGCAGCGCUGGAUGUGGCUACUGCACGAGAGGCUGACGCUGCUCUGCACCCGCUACAGGAUGCCUCACUGGGCUCUCUGACCGUGUACGUGGUCCCUGAAACCUCAUGUCUUCUGCCUCAGGGCAUCAGCGUCUACGUGGGGAAGCACCGCAGUGCCCUGGUAAGGGCUGGGGGGGGCCUGGCCACCCUCCACACCCGCCUCCGGCAGCUCAUGCAGGUGAUGUCCUUCACGGACAGCUCCAUCGCCGCCGCCCUCUCGGACCGCAUGCCUGGCAGCCAGCUUGGCCCUGACGCCCGACGGCACUUGAAAUCCAGCCUGGGGUAUGAGAUCACCUUCAGCCCGCUGAACCCUGACCCCAAGUCCCACGCCGUGCACUGGGACAUCGAGGAUGCCGUGAACCGCUACGUGCAGCCUGUCCUGGACAAACUGAGCUUGGUGGCCAACUUCUCUGUUGACUCACAAGUGAGGGCUGGGAGAGGCGAUGAGGAGAGCCCAGCCCUGGCCUUCCUGGGUGCCCCGGGGACGCGCUUCUCUGCCAGCAACGUCUUUGUUGUGUGCCUGCAGAUCCUGUACUACGCUGUCCUAGGAGUGACGCCACGCUUUGACAAGGAGUCCUCCAGCUUCCUCCUGAGCGCCCACAGCCUCCCACACGUCAUCAACCCUGUGGAGGCCAGGCUGGGUUCCAGCGCUGCCUCACUCUACCCCGUGCUGAACUUCCUGCUCUAUGUGCCAGAGCGCUCCCACUCCCCUCUGUACAUCCAGGACAAGGACGGAGCCCCAGUGAGCACCAACGCCUUCCACAGCCCCCGCUGGGGCGGCAUCAUGCUUUACAACGUUGAAGCCCCUGCUUCCCCCCAAGCCUCUCUCCCACUGCAUGUGUACGUGGACAUGGUGCGAGUGAUGGAGGUUUUCCUAGCCCAGCUCCGGUUACUGUUUGGGUUGUCGCGGGAAGAGCUGCCCCCUGAGAUCCUGCUGGAGAGCCCAGGGAACGAGGGGCUGGCUGACUGGGAGCUGGACCGCCUGCUCUGGGCCCACACCGUGGAGAACAUCGCCACCGUGUCCACCACCUUGAACUCGCUGGCCCAGCUCCUGGACAAGAUUGGGAACAUUGUCAUCAAAGACGACGUUGCCUCUGAGGUGUACCGAGCAGUGGCCUCAGCACAGAGCGCCAUGGCUAAGCUGGCCACAGGCCACCUGCACUCAGCUUUCCAGGCCAGCAAGGAGGCAGUCACCUCCUCUGAGCGGGCCUUCUUUGACCCGUCUCUCCUCCAUCUCCUCUACUUCCCUGAUGACCAGAAAUUUGCCAUCUACAUCCCACUCUUCCUGCCCAUGGCUGUCCCCAUUCUCCUCUCCCUGGCUAAGAUCGUCCGGGAGGCCAGGCAGCGUAAGAAGGAGCCCACCAAGAUAGACUGA